UUUCGAUUCGUUUGCUUGACGUUAAUGGACGUGUUUCCGCACCACAGCAUUUGAAUUGGUUUCGCAAUAGAAAAAUUUUCGUGUUUUCUAUCUGGAUGCAAACAUAAAUUGUCAGUGUUUUUUUGCCCCUUUAAUACGUUUGCAAAUACAAAAUUCUCAGUGGAAUAUAAGCAAUCCAGAACAAUAGACUUCAAUUUUUGCAGCGCAUCAAGCUAAUUUUCAAACACUAUCAUGUUAUUAAAAGUGCCAUCUGUUGACUGGACGGAUCAAAUAGUUUAUGUGGUGGACGACGACGAAUCACUUUCUGACUUCGAUGAUGAACCCGAUUUUUCAGAAUAUAUGUGGAUGGAGAAUGAGGAAGAGUUCGAUAAGAACGAACUGCAACGAUUAGAAGAGGAAGAAAUAAUGCAAGAGUGCUUUGAGGCAAUGAUCGAGGAUGAACUGGAAGAGCAAAUAAAUGAGUGGGAAAAAGCCAAAACGGAAGAACAGAACACGGCACUAUCUGCACUGCCUAAAACCCAAUGUAAUGUUGAGAAAUCUGUUCUUAAUCCCAUGGCCGAUGAAUUUGUACCACUUUGCCAUCAAAUAGAGUUUAUAGCCUCGUAAGCCCGGCCACAAAACAGUCUGAACAAAUCGAACCUCACACAACAGUGUUUCAGUUAAGAUGUCUGAAGCGCUACGCAAUUCAAAUUCACAUAGCAAUAACUCGAUAAACGUUUCUAUACAUCAUAUAUUCCUCACUCUCGCCCAUGUCUUGCAAAAUAGUCCACUUUCAACCAGGCAACAGUGUAAAAAAAACCUAAAAAAAACUACUAUAAAACAAAAUUUCAAAAACGCGCACAGACACAACACACGUUAAGAUUACAUUAGCCAACUCAACCGAAAUGCAAACGAAUACCAUAAACAAAAAAAAAAUUAUAUAAAAAAAAUUAAAUCAAUACAAAAAAAAGAAAAGAAAUGAAACGAAGAAAAUACCUUAACUUAAAUUACGCGUAUCAAAUAUCUCGUUUAACAAGACAAAUUUUUUGCUAUCUGAAUACAGACGUGCCGUGCUAAAGCUAGUGAAAACUUUCGUAUUAACGUACAAAAAAAAAACUAAUGACUUUACACACGAUUACGAUUAAUUGUGCAUUGAAAAUUCUAUUUAGCGCUCCUAUUAAUCAUAAAUUUCCAGUCAAAAGCGAAUAUGUAAUAACUACAAGACUCAAUUGUGUUAGAAAAGCAACUGAUAUCGUCAACGUUGAAAUUCAAUUCAAAGACUUUAAUUGUAAUUAGUUAACAUCCACCUGCCCACGACCUAAACUCACUUUAAGUACCAAUAUUUGUCUACUUUAGUUUCCCCAUUGAGUGUUUGUUAACUCGUUAUACGUUCUGUUUACCAUUUAACUAAAUUUGACUACUUUUCUUUUUGACUCGUCUACUUGUAAUUUGCAGUUGUAAAUAAGUAACAAAACAUAUAUUAACUAAAUUAAUUAAUAUACUAUGUAAUAAUCUGUAAUAACUCUUUAUACGAGAUGCUUACAUAUAUACGACAAAUAUAUGUAUUUGUAUAUCUAAUGUUAAAUUUAAAAGCUGCAAUACCAUUUUGUUUAUAGUUUAAGUCAAAAUUAAUUUUUCAUUUCGUUUAUUUGCUACCGCGCAAGUACCCAGAAUACACAAAUUAAAUUUACUUCUGUUUUCGGAUGUAGAAAAAUAUAAAGAUAGCUUUUGGUUAGUUAUAGAUAUUUAAGACAGCAUUAAAAAGAUCUUAUUUACGUUGUGUGAUAUAAAGAUAAAAAACCAAUCAAAAAAAUACGAAAAAAUAUUUUUAAAAUCCCAAUAAAAAGAAGUAUUAUAGUAUAAACAAA